CCCCGCGGCUUCCCAUCCUUAAAGUGGGAGCCCAGGCGCGGGGCCUGCGGCAGAUCGCUCAGGAGGGCGGGUUGUGCGGAGGCUGGGAGCUUGACCUCUUGCGGGUGGAGCGCGGCCCGGGCUGGCGGCGGGACUCCGGGCUCUCAAGGCGCCAUUGCUUUCGUGCGGAGCGCUGGCCCUGUCCUCGGGAGGAGCCGUCACUCGGGGAUUGCCCGCAGUCCCCGGCCCCGGCCCGCGAAGGCUGGUGUUUGUCCGGUGCUGCCGAACGAGCCACUUCUCGUCCCUCCUGGCCGCCCCGCUGUGCGGCCGCCCCGGGGCCCGAGACCAUGUUCGACAAGACCCGCUUGCCGUUCGUGGCCCUGGACAUGGUCUGCUUGUUCCUGGCUGCCUUGCCCUUGAUUGUUCUAAACUUGGCCAAAAUAAAGCCAUAUCAGAGAGGCUUUUUCUGUAGUGACAACAGCAUCAAGUAUCCGUACCAUGACAGUACCGUUCCAUCCCCGCUUCUCUACGCAGUGGGGUUCACUCUGCCUAUUUCUUCUAUGAUUCUUGGAGAAGCCCUGUCUGUUUACUACAAUCUCUUGCAUUCAAAUUCCUUUGUCAGGAAUAACUACAUAGCCACUAUUUACAAAGCCAUUGGGACAUUUAUGUUUGGGGCAGCUGCUAGCCAGUCCCUGACAGACAUUGCCAAGUAUUCCAUAGGCAGACUUCGACCCCACUUCUUAGCUGUCUGUGACCCUGAUUGGACAAAAUUCAAUUGUAGUGAUGGCUAUAUUGAAAACUUCCCAUGUCGGGGAAAUUCAGUAAUAGUAAACCAGGGAAGAUUAUCAUUUUAUUCUGGGCAUUCUUCAUUUUCUAUGUACUGCAUGCUGUUCCUCGCACUUUAUCUCCAAGCCAGAAUGAAGGCAGAUUGGGCACGACUUUUGCGACCCACACUUCAGUUUGCUUUCAUUGCUUUAUCUAUCUAUGUGGGGCUUUCUCGUGUUUCUGAUUAUAAACAUCACUGGAGUGAUGUGCUAACUGGACUCAUCCAGGGAGCUGUGGUGGCAAUACUUGUUGUUGUAUUUGUAUCAGAUUUCUUUGAAGAAAGAAAAUGUUCAUUUAAGCAAAGAAAAGAAGAGGACUCACACACAACUUUGCAUGAGACACCAACAAAUGGAAAUCAUUAUGGAAGCAAUCAUCAAGCAUAAGGAGCUUCAAUUGCCUGCUUUCUAAAGGAAAAUGAUAACAGCAGGAGGAAAAGAUAAUGGUCAUUUUCUUCCUGAUGUAAAAAGCCUUUAAGGGACUGCUGCUGCUAUACCUCUCAGACGCCCACUUUACCUGUGUAUAUAGUCACAUUUAACACAAUAAUAGCUUUAAAAUUCAUUCAAAAGAUUUCAAGCCUUUCACUAAAACACUACCCACCUGUACAUUUUUUUUAUUAAAAUAAUGUGGUAAUGCUUUUAUGUACAAAUGUGUAUGUCAUAUACUUUGCUAGAAUGAUGCUUGUUUUAAAUACAAUACAAAUUAAAAUGUUUAUGAUGAAGACCA